AUGCCACAAAAUAGUCCUGCUAAUGUUAUACGCAAGCCACCUUCAACAGGUUCUUUUAAUCAAUCAGGUUCUUUGCGUAGACCUCCAUCUAGUGGUCAUGUUCGUUCACGUUCCGCUAAACGUAUACAAAGUUCUGGAAAUUCAUUUUAUCAUCGAUUAUCUUAUUCAUCAAAGGUAACUGAAGAUAACCCAACUCCUGUGUAUUUAUAUUCUAAUUAUAAUUUUGCUGAUGUUAAACGAGAGUUACAAUUAAUCACACCACCUACAAUACCAAAUUAUCAAAUCGUGGACCAUUCAACAAAUAUGUCUGGUGCAUUACCACCUGGCUUAAGAUUUCCGACUGGUGCAAUACUGGGACAACAUUUAAUAAUUUCAGGCACUUACCUAACCAGCCCUUGUCAAACGUUUAGCAUAUGGGCAUUAAAUCUUGCAAAUUUUAUUUGGAUUAGAAUUGAUACUGGCUCAUGUUUCUUACAAGGUUCUUGGAACCGCGGUGUUCUGUGUGAAGCAACAAAUAAAUACUAUGUUCUCGGACAUCGUGAUAGAUCACUCGUUGACGAUUAUAAUCACCGUCAAACAAAUUAUAAUCAUGUAACAGUUGUGGAUUUGGAAGCAUUUGGCAUUUAUAGACCACCACCUACAACAAUGACAACCUCUGCACAAGAAUUAGGGUUAGCAUUAUUAAAUGAUCCCAAUAUAGCAGAUUUUGAAAUUAUCACUCAAGAUGAACAAAGAAUUCCAGUGAAUUCACAAAUAUUAUCUCAAAGAUGGCCUCAUUUUAAAGCACUGGUGGAAAUGCAAGCUGAUAGGGCACCCAGACUUAAGUAUGAUGAGGAAUCACAAAAAAAAAUAGAUGAUGAUUUGCCAAUAUUAAUGUAUCAUAAUAGGGCUCUUGAAUUUCCUGAACCAUCAUCUGUCACAUUAGCAUUUUUACAAUAUCUAUACACUGAUCAUCUUUUAACUUCACAGCAAAAUCAACCACACGUCUUAUCGCAACUUUUACUGUUAGCAGAUAUGUAUGAUUUGGAUAGGCUUAGACAACUGGCAUCACAUGCAUUACAUGUAUCGUUGAGUAUGACAACUGCAGCUUUAAUUUAUGAGACUGCAGCUUUAUCUCGUCAAACAGGUUUACAAAUACGUGCCCUUAAAGUAAUGAUUGCUGCUAAGAAAAUGCUUCAACAAAGCAGAGGACAGAUCUUGCCCCAAGGUCUUCAAAAUAAUGGACAAUCUGGAUAUCGUAGUUCUGUUAUCGACCAUGAUUUAUCACCAACCGCAAAUUGGGCAACUUCAUCAAAUCCUGCAAGUCCGCCAAUAUCGGCAAUGUCAUCAGAAAUGAGAACCUCUUAUUAUGACCCAUACGCAGUUAAUAAUAAUAAUUUACACUCACCUCCAAUUCAUUCAACUAGAUCAAGAUCGUUGUCAGCAGCUUCUGCGCAUAGUGCUACAAUACCAAAUCGAGGUUAUCUUCCAACCAUACAGGAUACCAUGCCCUCUAAUGACGUUACACCAUCAGAAGGAAUUUCUACACCACCACAACAUCCACGUUUAAGGACUUCAGCAUCUACUAGUUCAUUAAAUUCCUCGAGAUCUGCUAGGACUUUUGGAACAACUGGAUUUGGAAAUGGAAAUGCUCAACCACAUCAACAAGAUCCUAAUUAUGGAUAUGUGGGAGGUGAAAUAAUUGGGUUUUUUAUGGGGCAUUCAUUAAUUUAA